UAUAACAAAUAAUUUUAGCUGUUUGACCAUGCGUAUGUUUUGCUGUCUCACACCGACAGCUAACAGAAAGAAAGCUGUUAAUCCUCCUGACCCUGUGAGUAAAGGUUCAGAUAUACCUAAAGCUGUUGAUCUUCCUGACCCUGUGAAUAAAGGUUCAGAUAUACCUAAAGAUGUAGAUAAUGGCUCAGUAAGAGCAGUAGGUAUUGAUCCUACCAAAAAAAGAUUCAUGGAAGCGAUUGAUUUCUAUCCUGGGUUGCCUCCUGGAGUGAAAGGGGUUGACACUAAUACGGAUGGAAGGCCCCAUCUUAAGACGAUAUUCUUUAAAAUGGGGGACGUGGAGGAGCAGGUGGAGUUUUGGAGUGAUGCCAACUCAGAGGAAGUUAAAGAGUGUUUCCGGAGCGCAACAGAGUCAGGACCCUCUGAUAUACUGAAACUUUACAACACCAGCAACUCCCUCAUGAACAUAUCCCCCCGGAUCCUCGCUAAUAACCCUGAUACUAGGUUUACACUGAAGGUGGUGGGGGCCAAGCAGUGUCUUAGUAGUGAUGGUCUUACCCCAGAGAUCAACGAGACACUGCUGUCCAUUGAAAAGAGGUUGUUGAAUCUCGAGAAAAAGAUAGUCCUGAACUCUGGCGACACCCCACCUGCGGUGUGGGAUAUGAGAGCUAAAGUGGAGAAUCUUCGAGAAAAACUGGAAAGUGUGGAGCACAUGAGCUGGCUGGGCCUCUACAAAGAUAUAGACGGAAAGAAUACUAAAGGGAAGAACAGUCCCAACAACAAUGGAAUGGUUCACUGCUGUGGCACUAAAAAGACGAAGGAAAAGUAUCUUUACAGUCAACAAGUAUUCGAGAAAUUCGAAAAACUACGAUCAGUAGAUUUGACGGACGCUACAAGGGAACUCCUCAAAAAGCCCACAUUUGACAUAUGGCAAUGGGAAGACUCAGAGAUGCUUUAUUUACUGCAACAGAUGUUUGUUGAUUUAAAACUUGUUGAGAGGUUGUACAUUGAGCUGCCGAUGUUGCAAGCGUUCCUGUUUCAAGUUCAUCUCAGUUAUAAUUACACACCAUAUCACAACUUCCGGCACUGCUUCUGUGUUACUCAAAUGAUGUACGGUUUAAUCUGGUUGUGUAAUUUGCAAGAAAAGUUGGACGAUAUAGAAAUGUUGAUACUUCUGGUGGCGGCUAUUUGCCAUGAUCUGGAUCAUCCUGGAUACAAUAAUGCUUACCAGGUAAAGCGAAAGACCGAGUUAGCGCUGCGAUAUAACGACAUUUCACCCCUGGAAAACCACCACGCAGCCGUAGCUUUUGAGAUCCUCACCUGUGAUACCAGCAACGUGAUUAAACAUCUUACUCCGACUCAGCACAAACAGUUCAGAUCAGGAAUGAUAAAAUGUAUCCUAGCUACAGAUAUGGCUCGACAUAACGAAAUAGUAACCUCCUUCAAAGGCCUCAAUGGUUGCUAUGACAACGACAACGCCGACCACAGGUUACUUAUGAUGAUGAUAUUCCUGAAGGUUUCCGAUAUUUCAAAUGAGGCUCGCCCAAUGGAUGUGUCUGAGCCGUGGGUGGAGUGUCUUCUUCAGGAGUUCUUCAUGCAGUCAGACGCAGAGAAGCUGGAAGGACUGCCCGUGGCACCGUUUAUGGACAGAGAGAAAGUAACCAAACCAUCGGCUCAAGUUGGGUUCAUCAAGUUUGUUCUUAUCCCCCUGUACGAGGCAGUUGCAGCCAUGUUCGAGGAGAUCAGAGAGCCUAUAUUGGCGCCGGUAGUGCGCGCUCUGGACUACUACAGUGAAAUGAACAGGAAGUUUGAGCAGGACAAGGAGGCCGUGAAACUAAAGCAGGACGGACGCAGGAUAUCCUCCACUAUCGAUCCAAAGGUUGAACUUAAGAGAGUAUCAGUAUCACGGAAAACAUCAGAAGUGAGAUCUCCGGACGAUCUUUCCUCUUCCAGCUAGCAGUAACCAUGGCAACCACAGCUACCACUCUUAGUUACCAUGAAUACCGAUGCUGUCAUGAUAACGAUUCACUGAUUAUUUCGUAUUUCGUCAAAUAAUUUGAGCGAAUUUGAGGUAGAAACAAGAGAUCCAUUAUAUCAAUAAACCUAUUGGAGACAAGAAGAUUAAUUAAUUAAUCAAUUAAUUAUUGAUUAUGGUGAUUUUAUCCACUGGACCUACUGACAGAUAUUCUUAACAUUCUCCCUUCAGUUAAGGGACUUGAAAGCUAUAUCAGGGCAGUAUCCAAGAAGCCCGACCAGUUAUAGUCCGCAUACCAACUACUUAUGACAUGAUGGUUAGCAGAUCAUAUGUCCGCUAACCAGUCAUGAUAUGUGAACGACCCCUUACGGCCUGACCAUCGUGUCAUGAGUGGUCCGCGGACUAAGUCGUGUUUCUCGGAUACUGCUCAUAUGAUCCCAGUGAGGUAUGACCUAGAACUUGCUGGAAUGCUCCCACGUGAUAUCUUAUCAGUUGUACGACAUUUAACAUUUAUUACGUAAGAGAAGGUUACUUAAAUUGCUGAAAGUGCAUUUAGUAUAACUUCAGGGUGUUCCAAGUUUCGUAUUUAAAAUUUAAUUGUUUGAUUAUACAUCCUCGUUUGUUAUUUUUAACGACAACUAUAUCCUGUGAUCCAAUAUUAAGAGACUCGUUGCUCUGCAAGCUUCCUUCUAAUUGGAAAUUUAACGGUAUUUAACUUGAGUAAGGAUAGAAUCUUAUUAAAAUGAAGAAUAAUUAACAUGAUUAAGUAACUUAGCAUUGAGUUGUUGAAUAAGGAUAGAAUCUUAUUAGGUAACUUUGAAGUAGCAUCGAAUUGUUGUUCAAUCCUAGCAAAAUUUAUAGUUUGAUUUUGAUUUCCCGUAACUGUAGUCUUAGUAUUGUAAAAAGUGCGACUUGAGUUGUUUUUACAUUGUUAUUGUUAAUGUUAUAGUAUAAUAGUUUCCUGUGUAACUACUAGUGACCUGUUAUGAAAUAUUAUUACUUUGUUUUAUCACUGUAUUUACCUGAAUAUUCCGGAACAUUCAUUCGGAGAAUUUAGCAUCGGGGAUAAAGUCAGACUAUUUAAGAGACUACGAUAUUGCAUAGACUAUAGUGUUUUCAAAUAAAAUUGGCCUUAAUUUGCGGUUGAUUUGCACACUACAAUUGUGAGUGCAUUUUAAAAUUGCCUUAGGGUAUAGUGUGGUGGCAACUUCUCUUAUACGAAAAUAGAUUUGAGUAUAAAUGUAUAUUAGAAGACAUUGUAUUGACAAAGUGGUGCCUCCCAAAUUUCAACCAUUUGGUGGUGAGGUUUGCAGGUUUGCUCUAAUUUAAAUAAUUAUAGGUAGAUUCGAUGAUCAUUGCGUAAGGGAACAAACAACUGUGACAGUUUUGAAAUCGUAAAUUGAUCAUUUUCUUAUUGUAAAUAGCUUGUAACUACAUAGUAUAAUAGUACAUUGAAAUCUGUAUCUCGGUUAGGAUACGUUUGAAUAUUCAUUUGAUCUUAUCUUAAUAACUCAAUAAA